UGCUGCUGCUGCUGUAGCAGCCUGUCACUACACAACAGCUUAUGCUGCCAUUUCCAGUCCGCCAACGUCCUCUCCCUAGCAGGUCGACAGCCAGUGUGACCGUGUGGCGCUGCGGCGAGAACAGCUCCGCCGCUGCGAGCCCCGCUAGUCCGUGGCACACACACACACACAUACGAUACGACCGUCCGCGACCGACAGCGACUUUGCCGUCCUCUGUUGCAUCGGUGAGGCGUGGGAGAGGGGGUCCACUGCCCGAGCAUGGACCCCCUGGCCAAACCCUGCCCGUCACAGGGAGACAGAAGCCCCCAGACCUUCGGCAGUAGACCAACCUCACUGGGAGCUACCGGUGGGGAGGCGAACGAGCGAGCCUGCGGCAGGGACGAGGCAAUGGGAGGCGGCGAGACUUUGGGCAGCUUUACCGACAUGGAAGAGUCACUGGAGGAGAAACUAAAGGGUCUCGCGUUCAGGAAACAGACUUCGUACAGGAAGGCGAUCUCUCGGUCGGGCCUGCAGCACCUGGCGCCCAUCCAGGGCCCCCUCCCUGCACUGAGCAACGGGCCCACAAAGGAGCUGCGCACCACGGUGGACUGGACUGAAAACGCCGUCAACGGCGACCACCUGUGGCUGGAGACCAACUGCUCCGGAGACCUGUGUUACCUGGGAGAGGAGACCUGCCUGGUCAAGAUAGCAAAGUCAGCCCCCCGGAGGAAGUGUGCAGCAUGUAAGAUAGUGGUCCACACUGCUUGCAUGGAGCAACUGGAGAAGAUCAACUUCCGCUGCAAGCCCACCUUCAGAGAGGGCGGCUCCCGCUGCCUGAGAGAUCAAAACAUAUUGCGACACCACUGGGUGCACCGUCGCCGGCAGGAGGGAAAAUGCAGGCAGUGUGGGAAGAGCUUCCAGCAGAAAUUCUUCCACAGCAAAGAGAUCGUGGCGAUCAGCUGCUCCUGGUGCAAGCAGGCCUUCCACAACAAGGUGACGUGCUUCAUGCUGCACCAGAUCGAGGAGCCCUGCUCCUUAGGAGCCCAUGCCGGGGUCAUCGUCCCGCCCUCCUGGAUCAUCAAAGUCAGGAAGCCGCAGAGCUCUUUUAAAAACUCGAGCCGAAGGAAAAAACGGACGUCGUUCAAAAGAAGGACCAGCAAAAAGGGAACAGAUGAGUCCAAGUGGCGGCCGUUCAUGCUCAAACCCCUCCCCUCUCCGCUGAUGAAGCCCGUGUUGGUCUUCGUCAACCCCAAGAGCGGGGGGAACCAGGGGACCAAGGUCCUGCAGAUGUUCAUGUGGAUCCUAAACCCACGGCAGGUGUUUGAUCUCUCGCAAGGCGGGCCCAGGGAAGCGCUGGAGCUGUACAGGAAAGUGCCAAAUCUGCGCAUACUCGCCUGCGGCGGAGACGGGACGGUGGGCUGGAUCCUGUCUGCUCUGGACGAGCUGCAGAUGAACCCCCAGCCGCCUGUGGCCGUGCUUCCUCUGGGGACAGGAAACGACCUCGCGCGGACCCUGAACUGGGGAGGGGGGUACACAGAUGAGCCAGUGUCUAAGAUCCUCUGUCACGUGGAGGAUGGCACCGUGGUGCAGCUGGACCGCUGGAACCUGCAGGUGGAGUCGAGCCCCACCCACCCAGAGGAGGGCACCCAGAAGCUCCCCCUCAACGUGUUCAAUAACUACUUCAGCCUGGGUUUUGAUGCCCAUGUCACGCUGGAGUUCCAUGAGUCCAGAGAGGCCAACCCAGAGAAAUUCAACAGCCGCUUCCGGAAUAAGAUGUUCUAUGCAGGGGCAGCCUUCUCAGACUUCCUGCAGAGGAGCUCCAGAGAUCUGUCCAAACACGUCAGAGUGGUGUGUGAUGGCACGGACCUCACGCCCAAGAUCCAAGAGCUGAAGUUCCAGUGCAUCGUCUUCUUAAACAUUCCCAGGUACUGCGCGGGCACCAUGCCCUGGGGCAACACGGGCGACCACCGCGACUUCGAGCCUCAGCGCCAUGACGACGGCUGCAUCGAGGUCAUCGGCUUCACCAUGGCGUCCCUGGCAGCGCUGCAGGUCGGCGGGCACGGCGAGAGGCUGCACCAGUGCCGGGAGGUGACCCUCACCACCUUCAAAACGGUCCCCGUGCAGGUGGACGGGGAGCCCUGCCGCCUGGCCCCCUCCACCCUGCGCAUCUCCCUCAGGAACCAGGCCAACAUGGUGCAGAAGAGCAAGAGGCGUACCUCCGUCCCCCUGCUGAACGACAUUCAGAAAGUAUGCGCAGCCGACCUGCGCCGUCUGUCCGCUCCCCCUGACUCCUUCUCCGUCCCGCACUCCGUCCCGGACCGACUGCGUCUGCGUGUCAACAGGAUCAGCCUGCCGGAGUACGAGAGGCUGCAGUUCGACAAGGAGGGCCUGCGAGACAUCUCUACUCCUGUCGGGAUCAUAGUGGUGAGGGGGGACUGUGACCUGGAGACCUGCAGACUCUACAUCGACAGGCUACAGGAGGAUCUUCACCAAGCUCCCUCUGGUGCUCACAGAGUGCAUUACCAGGAUGAGACCAGAGGCUUGCCACGCCCCAGCUCCGCCCACAGGCUUUCUCCCAACUGGAGCUUCCUAGACUCUACAUCUGCUGACCGCUUCUAUCGCAUCGACAAAGCUCAGGAGCACCUGCACUUUGUAACGGAGAUCUGCCAGGAUGAGGUCUUCAUUCUCGACCAUGAGGCCCCCCCGGCGAGCGCUCCAGGGAUGCCCGACCUGGUGGUGGAGCCCAGCACAGGAACUCCCCUGACAACAGAGGAACAAGCCUUGCUGACUGCCGCUAGCUGCGGUGACCUGACAACGUUCUCCAGCUCCUGGGGUCGUGGGGUCAGCCUGCUGGUGAGGAAUUCUGGGGGAUGUUCAGCACUGCACCUGGCUGCUCAACACGGUCAUGCGGAGGUGGUGAGCUUCAUCUUGGAGCACACUUCCAAGUUGAUCCUGGAUUUGACAGACAGCGAAGCAGGGGACACUGCCCUGCACAAGGCUGUGUCUCAGCGCCAGCAUGCCGUGUGCCGACUGCUGGUGGACGCCGGGGCCUCCCUCUCCAAGACCAACUUCCAGGGGAAGACACCAAAGGACAAGGCCCAAGAGUCUGGGGACUCAGAGCUAGCCUCUUACCUGGAGAGCCGGCAGCAGUACCAGACGAUCUCCCACGAAGACCUGGAGACUGCAGUAUGAGGACCUGACCUUUUCACACAGCACAAACGAGCAAGAGGGAGAGGGGGGGAGGGAGAGCCAGAGGGGAGCAGACAACACCACCACCCCCUGCCUCAGACAGCAGCCACUGCCCACGGGAACCUGGGCUCACCCGCACCUGUGAUUGGAGGCCUUCUUUCGGAGCGAGGGAGAGAGCUGGGCGGGGUCAUAUCCGCAACCACUGCCGCUGCGGAGGGGUCGUUUUUCCCAAAAUGAACACAGUGCUCAGGAGAGAUCGGCCGAACGUUCGUUACUUUUACCGUUUCCGUAGCUUGUGACGAUGGGAAUGUUUAUUUUCUACACGUAUUUAUUUGUUGGUUUAUUUAUUGAUUUAUUUAUUGAAUGAUUGAUUGUAACACGGUUGCAGGGCUGACCAAAAUGCUGGUCAGUUGGUAAUGUUAGGGUUACAGACCUGAUAUUGAGGUUAAUUUGUGGGUGCAGACAGCCGGAGCAGCAGGUAGAGAGAGGGUCGCAUAUGUUUGGCAGGCUGUCGCAGCAGAGGCCUGUCUAAACUGUAAUGGGAAAGCCCUGGAAUCUGAGUUUAAAACAUAUUUCAGCAAGCCUUGGUAAGAUCCGUCGUUGUGUGCCAAAGACACACUGAACACUGUGGGAGUGGAGCACAGGCCGUCAUCAUUGCCGCCUGGACGCCGACGUACAGAGACCGGAAGACUAGGCUGAUCCCCCCCCGCUCCCCAGGUCUACACUUCCACCCCAUCACAUCGCCCUCACCUUUUCCAGCACUGACCACUCACUGUUCAGGGUCAGAGUUCAAGACCUUAGCCACUCCCACAUUCCACAUGCAUGUAGUAGAACAGCCUUUGGGGAAUUUACGUUUUUGAUUAUCUUCUCAGUUGAUGUGUACUAUUUACAGGCUUACAGUAUGUACAGUAUUAGUUGUGUGUAAUACUGAAGGAUUAAGAAAUGGGAGCAUCCUUUAGUUCUUUCUUUGUUUCACUUUAAGUUAAUUCCUUCCCGUACUACCUACAAACUGAGCUACUGGGGAACGCACCCGUACUACAGGAAAUAGUUGUGGACACUAUCUGGACAGUACCGUACCACAGCCAUGUGCUUUGUGCGUCCAGCCCUGGUGUAUCAUGCCUCGGGGCUUUCCUGCGAUGUACGCUGAUGUUCCUGCUUCGACACACGGCUCAGCGUCGUUGAGGAGCCAGGUCUGUGGUCCUGUCCAGGCACUUUCCAUAUAAACACAAGACUGGCUCUUUCAGACGGAAACAAACUGGUGACAUCCAAACGUACACAAACACUUCUUCCACCUCCCCUUGGAAGACAGAAGAAACUGACUUCAGAAUGCCUCCUCGGACAUCUUUUGGUGUCUUGUUGCAAUGUUUUCAAGCAAAUCUUUCUGCCGACUGUAAUUAACUGCAGGUUGUAUUUGUUAUUUUUAUUUCAGAAUUGUGUGAUGACGAGUGUGGUUGUGUUUUUG